AUGAAAACCCUCGUUUUCUGCCUCGUUCCUUUUGUCUACCGUGUCGCUGCAGCAGCAGUAGCAGCAGAAGAAGCCUCUUCAAAGGACCCGAUCGCCACCCCCACAGGUGACCAAUGCGAUGAAGAUGAAAGCUCGUUUGAUACAUCUGCUUCUGCGCUGAAGCCAGAAGCUCCCCCACCCGCUGCGGUGCCCAGACACUUGCAAGCUUGGCGGUCCCGCGGGGGGGGCAUGGGCAGCCGCGGAUACUCCAGUGGCUAUACAACCAGCUACAGCAGCAGUGGGUCCUCCUCAUUCAGUUCUCCUAGUUAUUCGGUGGGCAGCAGCAGCAGCAGCGGCACCAGCAGCCUCUACACUCCUUCAUACAGCGGGUCCACUACUUACGGCCGCUCAACGCCAACCUAUGGCUCUGGGGUCACGUACCCUUCGGCCACGUCCAGUAGCGGAACCACUUACUACAGCAGUGGAAGUAGCGGCGGCACGUACACUGGAACGACGUACACUGGAAGUAGUGGCAGUCCCUAUAUGGGAAGUGCAUACAGUUCAAGUACCCCGUACAGCGGCAGUACGUACACUGGUAGCAGCGGAACUCCAUACAGGGGGAGCAGCAGCACUACAUAUACUGGAAGCAGCAUGGGCAGCUCCACGUACACACCUUACUCGAGUGGUUCUCGUGUGACUGGCAGCAGCCCCUACGUCAGCUCCAGCGGCACUCCUUACAUGAGCAGCAGCAGCAGCCAAAGGGGAUACAGCAGCGGUACUUACACGCCGUCUAGCCAGCCAUACACAGGAGGUAGCGGUACUCCUACAAGCGGAACGUACAGCAGUUCUGUCGUAGGGGGAAGCCGAACCUUCAUGCCUAGCCCAUCCCCCUCCCCCCGCAGCGGCUACCGUACUGCAGGCGGUGGCGUCAGGGGUUACACGGGCAGCCCCACUAGCGCUACUCCCAGUAUGCAGCCAACGUACAGCAACAUUAGCAGCAGCACUAGCAGCAGCACCAGCAGCGGGGCAAUCGGCAGCUCUACAGGCGCCCAGCGUUUCAGCAGAAGUGGCUCAGAAGGGGGGGGCAGCGCGUUGCGUGCGCGGUCAACUGUGCCGACGGCAGGACCCUCCUUCAGUAGCGGAAUGCAAGCUGCAUCAACAGCUACUACAGGUUCCCGUGGAAGAACGGCUGGAGCUGUCGCUACACCGAGCGUGAGCCCUAGCCCGCCAUCCCCUAGCCCGCCAUCCCCCUCCACGAAUACCAACGUCCCGAGAGGCGUUACAGCGCCGGCUGACCCCAACCGAGGGAGAGGAAACAGCAGUUUCCGCGCUUUCGGUGGAGGCACAGACACCUCCCCUGUACAAGCGGGCGGCGCUGCAGGCACAACGUACUAUCUGCGAGAGGCCGACGGCUCUCUCACCCCCCUUGAGCCGCCCCCAUAUGACCAAAUGAAGCCGGACUCUUACUACACCGAUCUCUACCUCACGGAUAAACCCAUUAGGUUUGAGAACCACAGCAACAAGGAGCGCCAGUUCAAGCGGGAGCUGGAAAAGACACAUUUAUCGAAUGUGGAAAGCGAAAGACAGCAGCCGACCCAAGGCGUCAUGAGCCUGCCCCUAACGGAGGAGAAGAAAGGAGUGAUGGGAAGGUAUCAUAGGCCUUACCUGUCAUUAUUUCGGAAGCCCGGCGGCUCCAUGCCGAAGACAAACGAAGAAACAUGGAAGGAAAUUGCAACAAACGCGGCAGCAUAA